AUGACCAAUAUAUCCUCAAAUACUGGAAGAAUACCAAAACCACGUACCAAGACUUUUACAGGAUGCUGGACAUGUCGAGAUCGUCGAGUCAAAUGCGACGAUGAGCAUCCGCAUUGUCGCCGGUGUCGCCGGAGUGGUUGGGUAUGCAAGGGGUACGGGUUGCGCUUAGGAUGGGACCAAACCCCCGGGGGCCGUUCUCACCGGCGCCAAUUGUGGCCCCUGGCCCCAUAUGGGGACCAAGCACUAUCGUCUGCCGCUGUUUCUGCACUAUUAACUGAAUUGGACGGUUGUUCAGGAGACGGCUGUGCCCAGCAAAGAGGACCCUUUUCGGUGUUCUCCGUUUUGUCAAGUUCUGACUUGAAUCAUGUCGCUUCAGUGGAUCGAUCUAUUCCGGAUAUAGUAUUGUCCCAAGAAUCAGAGGAAACACAUCAGAGUUCGUCAGAUGUAAAUACGAUUGUUUCGUCAAUCGGCGACAAAGAAAGCGAUUUAGCUUCCCCGGAGCCUUUAUCCGAUGCUUUGUCAACUACCACCGCAACGUCUACGUCUGACCCAAGCGAAGAUCUACAGGCAGGAUCGCCGGAGCCAGCAUGUCAAGUGGAUCAUCAUAGAAUCACCUCAAUCGACCAUGUCGCCGAUCAUCAAAAACCUGGGAAUCAACUUUUAUCAGACUACAAUAUACGUCGGUCAAAUCCUUACACUGUUGAAACUGAUACUCUUCUUUGGAACUACAUCAAUCCUAUUGUUCUUCCCAGACCAGAGACAGAGCUGGUUCACCACUGGGUGGUGUUCCUUAGCGGAAACAUGCUUCUCAUCGAUACCCCGGACAAUCCUUGCCGAACAGUGUUCAUGCCCUUGGCCCUGAAAGGCCUCGAUGCCUCCCCCAACGAGUCAAAUAUUCACCUCUCAAUCUUCCAUGCUAUCUGCGCCUCCUCUGCCUUUAGUCUUUUUCACCUCCGCCAGAAUCCACGAUACCACUCAAUCGCGAUGCACCAUGACCAACUAGCGCUGCGUCAUCUGCGCACGAAUCUACAGCGUGCACGCUGCUUAGAUGAGCCUACGCUAGCAGCGGUCUUAACUUGCAUCACCGCUGAGGCGAUGUCUGGACGUCGCAGCAGAUGGAGAACACAUGUUGCCGGAUGUCUUGGUCUUCUGGAAAACCAGGCACAUGGAGACUGGAUUCGCAAUCCCAUCGCUUCUAGGUUGCUGCAAAGCUAUCUGUCUCUUUCGUCAUUAUGCAGUCUUCGUUUGUCCGGGCGCUUGAUGGCACUACUGGAUGGGCCCUCGGACUUGCGACAUUACCUUGAGCGAUCACAUGGUGUCACGACCCAAUUGGUCCAGUUCCUCGCUCAGAUCACCGCCCUCGCCGAGUCACAGACCCAGCUUUCUACCGAAGAGCUCGAUCGCUUCGAACUACAACUAUACUUAAACUUCCCAUGCCUGUCUAACCCGGAUGCACCGGGAUCAAUGAUUGUGCAACACGCCCUGAACUCAUUUUACUACGCUACAAUAGUGUAUUUCCGUCGCAAUCUACGCUGCGCACCACUAUGGGAUGUUCAAGAUCUUAUCGAGAAAGCGAUCAUCGAGAUCGAAGCCGUUGAUUCGCUCACCCGCGACAAAGGCGGCUGCCCCUACAACUGGGCCAGUUUUGUGGUCGCAGCUGACUGUGAGCGGCCUGAUCUUCAAGAUCGCAUGCUGGCAUUCUUCGACCGCAAAAGUCGUCAUGGAAUUCAAAAUAUCAAUGUCCUGUGCGAGAUUGUCCAGGCUCUGUGGAACCGAAGGGCCGCGGCUGGACCGCACGUCGAUAUACAGUGGCAGGAAAUCGCAAGAGAAGCUGAUUUUGACAUCAUGCUUGUUUAA